GGGUGGAAGAUCCUCAAAAGACGUUCAAAUAUACCUUGCGCUCGACAAUAGGCGAACACAACACGGCCUGGACGGAUCGAAGUCAGUAAAAUGGGUUUGUAUUGGGUAGCCAUAUCAAAGUGUGUAUGGUAUCUAAGUAUACUAGCACUAUAAAGUCUCUAUAAGCUGGGACUGUUAUAUUUACAAGCAGCCUCACACAGACGUGUAUGCACCUUGCUGUAUACGGGCAAUAAUCUUGAAUGUGAUGUUAAAAACAUUCUGCAUCACACGACGAUGAUCCCCGCUGAGACUAUGGUGUCCAGAUGAAGAACCAGCCGUCCACGACAACACUACAGCGCCGGUUGACGACUACUGCAACUUUGGCCAGCUGUAGACGCCUGUUGUCGUUCAUGACAUUAAACCAGUCAAUACACACCGUCAUGUUACCACUCAUGAUCACUCAACGGCUACAGCGGUACGUCAAUAUAGACAGCAGGUGAAAUGCAGAUGCCACUAUUGACAGCGAUCGUCGAGUCGUGUCGUGUCGUGGCUGACGGUGUUGGAGACCACAGACUGGAGUAUACCUGGUAUUCUUUACCAAGGAUAUGAAUAGCACACGAACAGCCCUCGAAGUGUCAACGCAAGGUGCCAGUAAAGCACUAUUUAAGAUCGACUAUGACGCAUGGCGACAGUGCAAUGAGACCGUGCUGCAGAAGCCAUACCCGGAUGACGGUCGCCUCUAUUGUAAUUCAACGUUUGAUGGCUGGUUGUGCUUUGACUACACGCCUGCUGGGGAGACUUCCUACAAGCCGUGUCCGGUCAAGAUCCAACCGGGUUUCAACCCUGAAGCAUUCGGACGUAAAUACUGCAUGGAGGAUGGGAGAUGGUACGUCCACCCCGACACUGGAGCCAUAUGGACCGACUACAGGGCGUGCCCCCUCGUACAGAACGAGCUAAGCGUGAUACUGCUCUACAUCUCGGGCUACGCAGCCUCACUGGUCCUCUGCCUCAUCAGCAUUGUCGUCUUCAACCUGUUCAGACAGCUGAAGUGCAACCGAGUGACCCUCCAUCAGCAUCUGUUUGUGUCGUACAUCCUGACGGGGUUGCUGUGGAUCAUCAACUACACCGAGGUGGCCAUGAAGCAAGCCGUCAUCCAAGACAACCCGGUGUGGUGUCGUGUGUUGCACGUGUUCACGCAGUACAUAACCAUAUGCAACUACUUCUGGAUGCUUUGCGAGGGCUUCUAUCUCCACACACUCAUCGCCCUCGCCUUCACCAAGGAGAAGAAGCUGUUGUGGAUUUGCAUCAUAUUUGGCUGGGUUUUCCCAAUAUUUCCAACUUUAAUAUAUGCGUGCCUUCGUGGAACCAGUGAUGUUGACAACGUCAAGUGCUGGUUAUUCGAGUCCUCGAUGAUGUGGGCUGUGAUUGGUCCUGUAGUGCUCUCCUUGGUGGUCAAUCUUUCAUUUCUGGUGAAUAUUCUACGUAUCCUUUGUUCCAAACUACGUGCCUUCAACUCAAGUGAAAACCACCAGAAUAGACGUGCUGUGCGGGCCAUCUUGAUCCUCAUCCCCCUCCUUGGCCUCCAAUACUUUGUCAUCCCCUUCAGGCCAAACAGCGGACCCAGGCCUGUCUACAUCUUCAAUAUGGUCUCAGCGUUCCUCGUCUCCUAUCAGGGCGUCUUUGUAGCGCUAAUUUUCUGCUUCUUCAAUGGGGAGGUGAUGACGGUGCUCCGCCGGAAGUGGAAUCAGGUACGCCAUAACUAUGAUCCGGGCUACUCGGAGAGACGGCGCAGUCUCACAAACACCACUGCCGUACCGUGGGAGGAAAGCACAGUCGCCAUGCCACCACUGAUCAAAAACGGUAGUGGCCGCUCCUCCUCAAGGCACUAUGCCACUAAAUCACAGGAGGUCGCGGAGAUGCAGUGCAUGAUGAAUCCCAGUUCAGAUAACAACUGACAAAGACUGAGCCCAGUUCUUACAACAUUAAGACAAGCGUUUAUACACACUGAUAACAGCUCACGCCUUGUGAGGCCUUUCUGGAAAGCCAAAGAGUUUUAUUGAUACAGAAGUUGUUUCAAGGAUGUUCAUUUUGGACAGUUCCAGAUGACUGUGGAUCGACGUGUUACUCCUCUAUACAGAAACAUUAUUUGAAGUACGUCACAUCAGACUUGGCCAUUUACAGAAAGUGACUGAUUCACCCCAUAAACAUUUUGGUUUAAUUCGUGAAUGAGAAGGGUCUUAUUGCGUUUGCUAUUUCAGGACAACUCUUGAAAAUCCUUCUUGAAACUAUUAAAAUGCCAAGGAACUUCAAUCAGACAUAUAGACAGAGGCAGUGUCUGUGAACGAAACAUGAACGAAAACCAGGCUUACACUGCGCAUCCAUAAAUUGAAAAAAACAGUUCUCGUGAAUGAUUAAUUUUGCGCAUACAUGUACUAGAACCAGUUCUCAUGUCAGAUGACUACAGCGCAUCGAAACUAGUACCGAGGAGCACGUGACACUGCGCAUGCGUACAUGACAUUGAUCAUUCCAGAAAUCCAUUGUUACAGUUCCGAUGUUUAGAAAUGGAAAUAUUAGCUCUGAAUGCUCAGUCACGUGUUCACAUUUGAUCGCGCGAACUCGUAAUAUGGUGCUUUUCUAUCUUUGACGUUAGUGUUGUUUAGUGACCAUUGUCACAUGCACUGUCGACAUAGUCUUCAUGUUACAUUGUCAUUGUUGAAUGUAGGGUGUGAUAGAACUUCUUCGCUCAUUAGGUUUUGUACAUACCAGUGUUCCAACUGUAUCCAAACGCUCUUAAGGGCUGUUCUCGGGCAGAAUGUCAGUUCCUGCAAGCUUGAUUCAAACACCACUUGAUUUUUAUAUUAUGCUAAAUGUAACCCUUAUAGGGUCUCGCUUCAAACAAAGUAAUCUCUUAAUUUGCUGAGUGAGUGAGUGAGAUGGGUUUAACCCCGCUUUUAACAAUAUUCCAGUUAUAUCACGGCGUGUCAGCUUAAUGUGGGAGGAAAGCCCAAAGGGAUGAAGGUCUCAGACGUUUAC